AUGACACGCAUAAAUAUACAUCUUCUGGUGGUAUUAUUCUGUCUGAUGAACGUAACAUUAUCAAUGAUAAUUGAAGAAGAACAAUGUUCAUGUUCAUGUUGUCUUGGAUUGGGAUGUCUACCUGAAGAGAAACCUGAUUUUUCGGUACCGAUGUGUACUGAUGAUGAUAGUACAUGUGUAAGGUUUUGUAGAAUGUUAUUUCCAGUUGAUUGUAAUCAUAUUGAUUCACAAGUAUUUGCUGCUUGUCUUUCGCUUGCAUCGAUUGAAUUCAAUCAACAAUGCAUCAUAGUCAUUCUUCUUGAUCUUGUUUUUAUUGUGUUCAUACACAUGUUUUAUAGGGAAAAAUACCAUUAA